GAUGGUCUGAGAAUCUCGUCCCCAAUCUCCCAACGGAAAGGAGUGCUCCAAGGAGACAGCCUGGGCUCAACCCUCUUUGUCACAUGCAUAUCAAGCUUGGCGAACGCACUCAAAAGGGCUGCCCCGACCAUACAAGUGCUUUUCUACGCUGACGAUCUUCUCCUCUUUCUACCCUCCCGGGACGACCUCCAAUCCGGGUUGGAUGCGCUCCUGGCACGGUCAAACAUUAACUACCUGCAGAUUGUCAACCGUUUCGACUACCUCGGGGUAUCACUACAACCUACCUUAACGUUCACCAAUUUCGUGGAAAAGAAGAAAAAUGAAGCGGCAGCGGUGAUCGACAGCCUCCACAACUCACAUCGGCUCUCGACCUCAACAGCAAUGAAGACAUACCGACUCGAAGUCCAGCCCAUCGUUACCUACGGCCUGAAGCCAAUCGCCCGCCGGCUGAAGAUAGCCCACAUGAUAGACCUGGACAAAAUCAAAUGA